AUGGCCAAACAAUAUAUUUUAGCUACUCUACUCUUCACUGUAGCAGUUCUUACUUUGGGAACCUAUUAUGUAUUCACACACAAUCAGGCUCCUUCUAUACCUUUAGAUGAAAAUGGAUAAAAAAUUAAACUUGGUGGAAUUCCUUGGCCUUUUUCAAACUGUGGUUCUGAGUUCGAUCCUUUACAAGUAACAUCAGUCGUAUUUGCAGGUUAACCAGAACGUGGUGCUCCUCCUAAUGAUGCUGUUAUUAGUGGAUCAAUGAUGUAGCACGAAGAAUACUCUACCGUAAAUGUUAUUGUUAAGCUGAAUAACGUUCAAGUCUUUAACAAUAAUCUUCCAUGCACUGGCACAUAUGAUCCUGGUGAUAUGUUUAUUUUUAAGUAUGCCUUUUAAGUUCCCGGUAUAGCUCCAGGCGGUCCAUACUCAGUAUACUUCAGAUUCAUGAAUAAAUAAAAUUAAUCCACCUCUUGUACUCAAGUUGAUAUGGAUCUUUGA